AUGGCCCCCCAAACACCACUGACCGGCGUUGAGGUCGCCAAGCACAACACCCAGGAUGACUGCUGGGUCAUUGUCCACGGCAAGGCCUACGAUAUUACAGAGUUCCUCCCCGAGCACCCCGGUGGCAUGAAGAUUAUCCUCAAGUAUGCCGGCAAGGACGCUACCGAGGAGUUCGAUCCCAUCCAUCCCCCAGACACUCUCGACAAGUACCUGGCCAAGGACAAGCACCUGGGCCCCGUCGACAUGUCCACCGUCGUGACCGAGAAGGCCGAGGUCGAUCCUGAGGAGCAGGCGCGCUUGAAGCGCAUUGAGGAGAUGCCCCUGCUCGAGCAGUGCUACAACCUGGUUGACUUCGAGGCUGUGGCCAAGAGAGUUAUGAAGAAGACCGCCUGGGCUUACUACUCUAGCGCGGCUGAUGAUGAAAUUACUAUGCGCGAAAACCACGCUGCCUUCCACCGUAUUUGGUUCCGCCCCAAGGUCCUGGUUGAUGUUGAGAACGUCGACUUCAGCACCACGAUGCUCGGAACCAAGGUUGAUAUUCCCUUCUACGUCACCGCCACUGCCCUCGGCAAGCUUGGCCACGUUGAGGGUGAGGUUCUGCUCACGCGCGCCGCCAAGAAGCACAACGUCGUCCAGAUGAUCCCCACUCUCGCCUCUUGCGCCUUUGACGAGAUCAUGGACGCCGCCGAGGGCGACCAGAUCCAGUGGCUGCAGCUCUACGUCAACAAGGACCGCGCCAUCACCGAACGCAUCGUCAAGCACGCCGAGAAGCGCGGCUGCAAGGGCCUCUUCAUCACCGUCGAUGCGCCCCAGCUCGGUCGUCGUGAGAAGGACAUGCGCGUCAAGUUCACCGACGACGGCAGUAACGUCCAGAAGGGCACCGAGACCAACCGCAACCAGGGUGCGGCCCGCGCCAUCAGCACCUUCAUCGACCCCGCCCUCAGCUGGAAAGACAUCCCCUGGUUCCAGAGCAUCACCAAGAUGCCCAUCAUCCUCAAGGGCGUCCAGCGCGUCGAGGACGUGAUCAAGGCCAUCGAGGCCGGCGUGCAGGGUGUCGUCCUGUCCAACCACGGCGGUCGCCAGCUCGAAUUCGCCCGCUCGGCCAUCGAGGUCCUCGCCGAGACCAUGCCGGUGCUGCGCGAGCUCGGCCUGGAGAACAAGAUCGAGAUCUACAUUGACGGCGGCAUCCGUCGCGCCACCGACAUCCUCAAGGCCCUCUGCCUCGGCGCCAAGGGCGUCGGUAUCGGCCGCCCCUUCCUGUUCGCCAUGUCGGCGUACGGAUUCGACGGCGUCGACCGCGCCAUGCAGCUGCUCAAGGACGAGAUGGAGAUGAACAUGCGUCUGAUCGGCGCGACCAAGAUCGAGGACCUCAACCCCGGUUUGCUGGAUCUUAGGAGUCUGUUCAACCACGGCGCGCCGCCGACGGAUACGCUGUCGAACAUCUCGUAUGAUGCUUUGAUUAGCCCGGAGCAGAGGGUCAAGUUUGCGGAGAAGUCCAAGAUUUAA